AGAGCGGCCACCCCCAGCACACACACACGAGAAGGAGGAGGAGGUGUGAGUGUAGAGCCGCCCUGACUCCGCCUCUCCAUUACUCCGGGAAAAGAAGGCUUUCGGUGGAUAUGUUCUGACUGACUCCCCCACCUCUGUGUGUCUGAGGGCUCCUGUCCACCUGGGAGAAGAGGAGUUCCUGCUCGGCUGCCAUUACCUCCCCCCCAGUCACACGUCUUCAGGAGGGAGUCUUCCCCAGGGCAAGGAAGAAGAAAGCAGGGAUUCAUUGGCUUUGUUCAGGUCCCCCUCCUCCUCCCCUCCUCUCUGGAGAGCCGCUUGAAGUUGAUCAGGAAGACGCCUUGUGAAGUUGUAGUGGGCACCGGGGAGAGCGGAGUGAGGGCGCCUGCUGGUGGAGAGGAGGGGGCUCUGUCUGUCUGUCUCUGUCUGUGAGAGAGAGGGGGUGCCGCCAACACUGAUUUGUGUCUGCCACAAUGGCGGGGUGCUGCCUGUCCGCGGAGGAGAAGGAGUCCCAGAGGAUUAAUGCUGAGAUCGAGAAAAAGAUCCGCAUGGACAAGAGGAAUGCUCGUAGGGAGCUGAAGCUGCUGCUGCUGGGUACUGGUGAGAGUGGAAAAAGUACCUUUAUUAAGCAGAUGAGAAUUAUUCAUGGCUCUGGUUACACAGAUGAAGACAGGAGAGGAUUCACAAAUCUGGUUUACCAAAAUAUAUUCACUGCUAUGCAGUCAAUGAUUCGGGCUAUGGACACACUGAGGAUACAGUACUCCUCUGAGCAAAACAUGGAAAAUGCACUGCUGGUCCGGGAAGUUGAAGUAGACAAAGUAUCCAGUCUGGAAAGGAAACAGGUAGAAGCAAUAAAGAAGCUCUGGGAAGACCCUGGUAUCCAGGAAUGUUAUGACAGAAGGAGAGAGUACCAACUGUCUGACUCUGCUAAAUACUACCUUAGUGACAUAGAUCGUAUUUCUGUUCCUGCUUAUAUACCCACCCAACAAGAUGUGCUUCGAGUCAGAGUGCCCACUACUGGAAUCAUUGAGUAUCCCUUUGAUUUAGAAAAUAUUAUUUUCAGGAUGGUGGAUGUCGGUGGCCAGAGAUCUGAAAGAAGAAAGUGGAUUCACUGUUUUGAAAAUGUCACUUCUAUCAUUUUUCUGGUGGCGCUGAGUGAAUAUGAUCAGGCCCUUGCAGAAAGUGACAAUGAGAAUCGAAUGGAAGAAAGCAAAGCUCUGUUCAGGACCAUCAUAACUUACCCUUGGUUUCUGAAUUCUUCUGUUAUCCUGUUCUUGAAUAAGAAGGAUCUGUUGGAGGAAAAAAUCCAGUUCUCUCACCUAAUUGACUACUUCCCAGAGUUCACUGGUCCUAAACAAGAUGCCAAAACGGCUCGGGAUUUCAUUCUGAAACUCUACCAGGACCAGAACCCUGACAAAGAGAAGGUCAUCUAUUCUCACUUCACCUGCGCUACAGACACUGAGAAUAUUCGCUUUGUCUUCGCUGCUGUUAAAGACACUAUCCUACAACUAAACCUUAGGGAGUUCAAUCUAGUGUAAACUGGACAAUGCAGUCUGUGGAUCUUUUAAUUAUUCUGUACCAAUGACUUGUCCCCUUGGAGGCAAGAUGGUAUAGUUCUCUACCAACUGUACUGUGUUCUAAUUUUUAGGAAUAUCUCUGGUGAAAAUGUAAUCGGCAAGAGAAAAUAUUAAUUUCCCCCCACACGUUUACUGUUUUUUUUUUAUGUGGUUCAUAUACCUUUAAAUGCGGUUUUGCUUUUUUCCUCCCUAUGGUUUUUAGCUUAUUUUAUCCAAUGUUUGUACAAAAACAUAUUUAAAAAAAAAAUCAGACUGAAAAAUGAAACGUAAAUAGAUGAACAUUUGUUUUAUUUCCCCCAAAACCAUGUUGUGUUUUAGUUUGUAACCAGCAUUGCCUUAGCUAUUUCAAAGCAACACAACAUUUUUUUAAUAGAAAAUCUUACCUUUUUUUAAAUAGACCCAGGUGUUUGACAUUAUAAUUGUAGAAUGUAUGUUUUCUUUCUGAAGGAUGUGGGUGGACCCGUUUGUUAUUUAAUAGAGCCAUUAACAGAAAUACUAGAUUAUCUAUUGAGAAGAAUGUUAAUCAAGGAACUUUUACAAUGUAAUACCAAAGACAGACAUUGUAAUGAUAUUUGUAAAUAUGUAUCUCUUUAUAAAUAUGUAUGUGUAUAUAUCUGUAUAAGCAUAUAUACAUAUAUUUUUGUUUUCUUCCAGUGAGGCAGUUUGAAUAUGAAGAAAAAUACAAUUUAAAAAUCUUAGGACACUAAAGGACCUUGGCAUGCUGUAUAUGUUCUGCAUUUGAUUUUAAAACUGGCUGCUUUAUUAGCAAUGCGGAUGCUAUCUAGCCUCCACAAUAAAGUGCUUUUUUUAAUUUUCAUGUUUUUUUUUUUUUUUUUUUUUAGAUUAUGUUUCAAAAAGCAUACAUUUUGCAAAUGGUAAACUUUAUCCAUUUGUAUUCUUGAUGGGGGAUUUUUGAAAAAAAAUUCAAAUACCCCCCUUUUUUUGCCUAGCUGGUAGCUGUUUUUCUUCUUAAACAUGUAUCUAUGCAGCCUCUAAGCAAUCUUACACACCCAAAUGAUCAACCUUUUGUUUUUAUGUAUAAAAUUCAGAUUUCGUAAUUUCAAGUUUUGUAAGUUAUUUUUCUUAAAUUGCACUAUCACUCAUGACUUCUCUUACAAAGCCAACAUUUUGUAAAAGCGAUUCACAAUGAAAGCCUUAUAGGAAAACAUGGUGAUGUCAGUGCAGAAUUUCUGUGAGCAUCAUCAGAUAACCAGACGCAGCAAUGUGUAUGAUUAUUUUACUUUUAAGUGUAUUUUUGAUACUGAUUAUUUCAUGUUAAACUGCUAAAUGGAUCAACAUUAUUUGAGUUUUGAUUUUAAAUCUGAUGUUUUGUUAGCCUUUGUCAAGAUUAUAUUUUCUGUUUUUAAAUGUAGUGGUAUUCAGAAUAUGUUAAACAUUUGUAUAUAUAGAAUGUGUCCUUGGCAAGUAAUGUUGGUUGUUUGAUAACACAAUAAGAUCUGCUUGUACAGGAAAUGGUACUUUUAUUUCCUGAUUAUGUUUUGGAUAGUCUUCCCCGAACUAAAGAAUAGUAGUGGAGGCAGGCCUGUAUUAUGAAUGAUGUUACCCUAAGAAGUAGUAAAGAGGCACAGAGGAGAAGCUCAUGCAGCAGUUCUUGGCUUGCAUUUUAUUUUUAAACAAAUUCCAAAUUUGCAUCUGUUUUUAAAACCUGUUAUUUUGUGGUGUCAUCCACUUCUGGGCUCUAUCAGCCCACUCUGGAAAGCAGGAUCUGAUUCGAGGGCGGUCUGUGUUCUUGGUCCUUACAGGUCAACCUCAAUAUGAAAUCUAUGCAAAGCAACCAGAAUUGUGAUUUUUAAACCGAACAAUUGUUGGGAAGUUAAGAGAUUGUGUAUGAGGAUACUAAUGGUUUUUAGGCCCUUAAUGUAUGCCACACUGAACUUGGUGCAGCUCCACCUUAUAUAAGAUAUGGCAACGACUCUACGUCAUUUCACUGCCAGUGUUUGCUGGCUUAAUGCAGGGAAUCCUUUUUACACUCUCCAACUGUAUUGUUUUUUUUGCGUUUACAAUUUCAAUAAAGAUAUUAAAACUUCUGGA